AUGGAUCCCAACAAGCAAUACGGCGCACCGCCGCAGUAUCCCCAGUCACCCCCACCGAUUCACCACGAUGCUGGGCCAUACAACCAGGGCGGCAUGCAGCCAUACCAGCAAGGCCCGCCCAACAACGACUACUACGGCAACUCGCCCAACCCCUACCAGCAAGGCGGACCGGGCUACGGACCACCUCAGGGACCUCCUGGACAGUACGGUCAGCCACAGCAGCAGAUGUACUAUCAGCAAGGUCCACCACCACCGGGAGGAUAUUAUCAGGACGACAGGAGGCAAGGGCAGAGCGGGAGCGGUGGACUGUUCGCUGGUCUUUGCGCUGGUCUAGCAUGCUGCUGCUGUUUGGAUUGCUUGUUCUAA